UGUUAGUGACGCUAGCGUGUUAGGGCGACGAGUGAGAGGAUUAGAAAUAGAAUUAAUGGUCCCGUCUUCUAAUUUACCAAUUUGGGAUUCUUGCCGACAAUUCCCCUACCUACAAUGUUAUCUCACGCCCAGACUCUUUAACAACCUUUUUCCCCCUACGGAUUCUACACUUAGAUUGCUUGUUGGUUGUAUUGUUUGACGGCGAGAUUUUAGAGAUUCAACAAUCAAUGCCUUUCAUUUAACACUUUCCCACGAAUUGAUCCCGAAUUGAUUUAAAGAUGGACCUGCACGAGGCUCAGGUCUACCUACAGGCCUCGCUUCACGAAAUCUCCCAUACCUUUCAAAAGGUCCCCGGGAGUGCCGUAUUGAUCCGAUACAUCCAGUCCAGUUACCAGAACGAUCCCGUCCGAUCCGCCAUAGAACUCAUCCUCGUUAUAUUCUUCGUUCGAUACCUACUCUCGCCAUCCUAUGCUACCCACGAUCCCAAUUACGUGAAGCUUCGUGAAGAUGAGAUCGACGAGUUGAUUAAGGAUUGGGAGCCCGAGCCCCUCGUCGCUGCCCAAACCCCUUUCGAAGAAGCCGAGGCCGAGAAACAGCCUAUGAUUGUCGGACCGACCGGUCCGAAGGUGAAACUAUCCAAUGGCAAGACUGUUAUGAACUUGGCCUCGUACAACUUCUAUAACUUGAAUGCUAGCGAUUCUAUCAAAGAAAAAGCUAUCCAGACACUCCGCACGUACGGCGUUGGUCCCUGUGGCCCGCCGCAGUUCUACGGUACCCAAGAUGUCCACAUGCACACCGAACACGAUAUCGCUAGUUUCCUUGGUACUCAGAGCAGUAUCGUUUACGCCCAUGCCUUCUCGACCAUAUCCAGUGUUAUCCCAACAUUCUGCAAACGAGGAGACGUUAUUGUAGCCGAUAAGAUGGUCAACUACUCGAUCCGCAAAGGGCUAGAGGCCUCCCGAAGCAACAUUCGAUGGUACGAACACAAUGACAUGGAAGACCUGGAACGGGUCAUGAAGAAGGUCGUCGAGGAGCAAGCCAAGAAAAAGAUUCUGACUAGGCGAUUCAUCGUGACUGAAGGCCUUUUCGAGAUGGUUGGCGACUGCUCUAAUCUUCCCAAGCUUGUUGAACUGAAGGAGAAAUACAAGUUCCGUAUUGCUCUCGAUGAGACAUUAUCGUUUGGCGUACUUGGUCACAACGGACGAGGUCUCACUGAGGCACAGAAUGUAGAUUCUGAGGCUGUGGAUAUGAUCAUUGGUUCUCUAGCAGGCCCCCUCUGCGCUGCUGGUGGUUUCUGUGCCGGUACAAACGACGUCGUAAGACAUCAGCGUAUCAAUGCCGCAUCGUACACCUACUCUGCUGCUCUACCUGCCAUGGCUGCUGUCACUGCUAGUGAGACUCUCAAUGUUCUACAAUGUAACCCAGAUAUUCUACUCCAAUGCCGAGAGAAUAUCCGAGCUAUGAGGGCACAACUAGACCCUCGAAGCGACUGGGUCCAAUGUACCAGCGAUCCGGAGAAUCCAGUUAUGUUGUUGGUAUUCAAGCCUGAGGUUGUCCAAUCGAGACGGCUUAGCAACGAGGACCAAGAGCGACUUUUCUUCGAGGUCGCAGAUGAGGCACUUACCAACGGAGUGCUCAUCACACGGUUGAAGACCAUGCCCCUGAUUGGUAGUAUUGGAACCAAAGACAUCACUAUCAGGCCAGCGCUUAAGAUUUGUAUCACGUCAGGCCUUUCCAAGAAGGAAAUCGAGAAGGCUGGAGUAACGAUCCGACACGCCAUCACCAAGAUCAUGACCCGGAAGCCCAACCGGCAAUCAUCGUUAGCUGCUUAGGAGACGUUCGGCUUUUCAUGAUUUUAUUUGCUUACCGUAUCACGUCGUCAUGGCAUGAUUUGAGAUGACAUCGCACGGAAGGGGCUCUUUCAUAUACGAUUGCGAAUUAUUCUAUGACUAGGGUAUGACCCGAUGCGGAUGCGGAUCAAUGUCAGGAAAUCCGUUUGGUUUGGGGCUGCUCGUGAAUGUAUACAGGGAUAAAAAGGAAAAGGACGGACCUUGAAAUCAGAUUAUAGACCCGAAUACUAAUUGCUAAUUGACUCCAAGUAUACUAUUAUCUACCCACGUCUUUUAGGGGGGUUUUUUAAUAGGCUUCAUCAUUUUAAUAUCCUUGAUUUGGACUAUCCCUUUACAUUAAGUCCAAAAUAGAUGCCUACCUAGGUAGGUAGUUAUUUACCCACAUAACACCACUAAUAUGAGUAUGCCUUCCCGUACCUAUCAAGCUAUCGAGGGAAGUCUGAGACAUGUUCAUGCCUUAUGGACUAUCUAUAUAUUGGAAGGUAUGAUUCGCGUAUCUCUGGCGUUCUUUCUUUACACUUCUGUCUAUCGUGUAAUUAUGUAAUUGCCUAGGUACUCUAAACAAUUCAACAUUCUCUCAACUUACCCUAGGAAAUAUAUUCUAC